AAAAAGUUUUUUUGUUGUUGAAUUAAUCGUGCCGCUGAGCACAUACUUACAAAAUGAAGGGUUUCACACUUCUUAUAGCUGUCCUUUGCCUAAGUCGAACAUUAUUGGCACAAACUGGAUAUAAUUAUGAUCCACCACCAAAUCAACUUGGUGGAAGUGGCCCAGGAACACCAUCAGCUAGUUAUCCACCAGGUCCAUUGCCUGGUUCUGGUCCGGGAGGUCCAGGUUACCCAUCUGGAGGACCACAAGGGCCAUCUGGAGGUCCAGGCGGCCCAUCUAGAGGACCAGGCGGUCCAUCUGGAGGACCAAGCGGCCCAUCCGGAGGUGGAUAUCCAAGCGGUGCACCAGGAGCGGGACCUUCUUCUGGUGGAUAUCCUAGCGGAUCUCCAGGUCAACAAGGGGGUUAUCCAAGUUCUCCAAGCGGUGGUGCUCCGGGACAACAAGGAGGAUACCCGGGCUCACAAGGAGGAUCUCAACCUGGAUACCCAUCCGGUACACAAAGUGAUGUGAGUCAACAACGACCUGGCAGUGGAACUGGUUCCAGUGGAUACCCAGCAGCUGGACCACCAGCUGGUCCAGCCUUUCCAUCUGGCAGCGGACAAAAUGAUUAUCCCCAAGCAGGUCAAGGACCCAGUGGCCCGUCAGCCGGUUAUCCAGGAUCACAAGGACCUAGUGGCCCAUCUGCUGGUUAUCCAGGAUCUCAAGGACCAAGCGGACCAUCAGCUGGUUACCCUGCAUCACAAGGGCCUAGUGGUCCAUCUGCUGGCUAUCCUGGAUCACAAGGCCCAAGCGGCCCUUCAGCUGGAUAUCCAGGAUCACAAGGACCAAGUGGACCAUCCACUGGCUAUCCAGGCUCACAAGGGCCAAGCGGACCAUCAGCUGGUUACCCAGCAUCUCAACGCCCUAGUGGCCCAUCACUUGGUUAUCCAGGUUCUCAGGGUCCAAGUGGACCAUCUGCUGGUUAUCCAGGAUCUCAAGGACCGAGUGGACCAUCAGCUGGCUAUCCAGGAUCUCAAGGACCAAGUGGACCAUCGGCUGGCUAUCCAGGAUCUCAAGGACCAAGUGGACCAUCAGCUGGCUAUCCAGGAUCGCAAGGGCCAAGUGGACCAUCAGCUGGUUACCCUGCAUCACAAGGGCCAAGCGGUCCAUCUGCUGGCUAUCCAGGAUCACAAGGUCCAAGCGGACCAUCAGCUAGCUAUCCAGGCUCACAAGGACCAAGCGGCCCAUCAGCUGGCUAUCCAGGUUCACAAGGCCCGCAAGGUCCAUUUUCAGAUACUCCUGCUGGACCAGGUGGUCCAGGUCCAAUCGGUGGUAGUGGCCCUACUGGUGGUAUUGGUGGGGUUGGUGGUAGUGGCCCUACUGGUGGUAUUGGCGGGGUUGGUGGUAGUGGCCCUACUGGUGGUAUUGGAGGUGUUGGUGGUAGUGGCCCUAGUGGACCUAGCGGACCAUUUGGUCAAGGUGGUCAAGGACCUAGUGGACCUUCCGGACCAGGAGGACAAGGUGGUGGACCAGGAGGCCCAAGUGGGCCAGAAGAUGAUGGUCAAUAUGAAGGCGGUGAUUAUUCAGCAAUUCCUGGUGAACCUGGGCAAGAUUAUCCUAUUUUCUCUGAAAUUCCCCAAACAUCAUUUAAAUGUGAAGAUCAACAAUAUCCCGGAUAUUAUGCUGAUGUAGAAGCCCAAUGUCAAGUAUUCCAUAUUUGUGCGAAUAAUAAAACUUAUGAUUUCCUAUGUCCAAAUGGAACUAUUUUCCAUCAAGAAUAUUUUGUUUGUGUAUGGUGGAAUCAAUUUGAUUGUAGCUCAGCUCCAGGAUUGUAUAGUUUGAAUGCUAAUUUAUAUGAUUAUUCCAAAAAUGGAGCUCAACCACAAAUACCAGCUGGCGGAUUACCUGCUGUAGGCUUUCCAGCUGGUCCAGGCGGUCCAGGUUUUCCAGCUGGACCAGGUGGUCCAGGUUUCCCAGCUGGACCAGGCGGUCCAGGUUUCCCAGCUGGACCAGGCGGCCCAGGCUUUCCUGGAGGUCCUGGCGCUCCAGGUGGGCCCGGGGGUCCUUCAGCUGGUUUUCCUGGACAACAAGGUCCAAGUGGACCAUCAGCUAGUUUCCCAGGAUCCCAAGGUCCUCAAGGUCCACAGGCAGAUUAUCCACAAGGUCCAAGUGGACCAUCCGCUGGCUACCCAGGUUCACAAGGUCCAAUUGGGCCAUCCGCUGGCUAUCCAGGUUCACAAGGUCCAAGCGGGCCAUCUGCCGGAUACCCUGGUUCACAAGGUCCAAGCGGACCAUCUGCCGGAUAUCCUGGUUCACAAGGUCCAAGCGGACCAUCAAGUGGAGGACAAAGACCAGGAGGUCCUACUAAUCAAUAUGGACCUCCACAAGGGCCAAGUGGUCCAUCAGCUGGUUAUCCAGGAUCUCAAGGCCCAAGUGGACCGUCUGCUAAUUACCCCGGAGCACAAGGCCCAAGCGGACCAUCCAAUCAAUAUGGACCUCCGCAAGGUCCAAGUGGUCCAUCUGCCAACUAUCCAGGGGCACAAGGGCCUAGUGGUCCAUCAGCUGGUUUCCCAGGAUCUCAAGGACCAAGUGGGCCUUCAUCUCAAUAUGGUCCACCUCAAGGUCCUAGUGGUCCAUCAUCUGGUUUCCCUGGAUCUCAAGGUCCAAGUGGACCAUCCGCUGGUUUUCCAGGAUCCCAAGGUCCAAGUGGACCAUCCUCUGGUUUUCCAGGAUCUCAAGGGCCAAGUGGCCCUUCAAAUCAAUAUGGACCACCACAAGGUGGAGCACAAAGACCAGGUGGACCAUCUAAUCAAUAUGGACCUCCACAAGGUGGAUCUCAAGGACCAAGCGGUCCAUCAGGACCUGGUGCUCCAGCUAGUGGUGGAUAUCCUGGUGGAAGCAGGCCUGGUGGUGGCUCUCAAGCAGAUACUCCUUCAUUACCCGAUCGUGGAUAUUUACCACCAAAAACGAAAUAGGGAUACAAAUUUCUUAUUCAGAAUUUUUUUGUAAGACAAUUCGAACAAAAUGCCACCGACCGAGACAAAAAAUGAAUUAUCAGUAUUAUUUAUAAAACAAUCGAUCCAAAUUAUAAUUGAUACGAAUAUAAAUUCUAAUUAAAAUUUCUAAAGUACUGUUUACACAUCGACAAUAUACAGGACAUUUAAAUAAUUUAGUAUUCUAGUAUACAUCAAUCGUUUAUUUAAUUCGCGACAUACGACAUGACAAAAAUGUAUACACUACUUUAGAAUUUGUUUUUGUAUUCUCGAUUUUGAGCCA